GUUUUAAGAAGCAAAAAGUUGGAUCUAUGUUGAUCUAUGUAAAUUAGGCGAUUAUUGCGAUUGAUUUAGAGGUUUUCCAAAAAGAAAAUGUCUGAAUUUCAUACAACUAAACAAUAAAACAUCGGUAAAUUAGGUACUUAAUAUUGGUAGAAAUUUACGAAAAUAAUAUUUUGAUUAUAAAACGGACAAAAUGGCCGCCACUGCGAUACUGAUGGAUAUUUUUAACAAGCAUAUAAUAUGCUUACCAUAAUGGCGGACCACGCCAUAUACCAUUUUGCAAACUGUAUUCAAAACGCAAACCUAUAUCAAUUAUGUAUUUGUUACAACAGUUACCGUAUUAAAUAUUAUGCCAGUGGUCUAUUUAUGUCUAUAUUUUAAUGUAUCGAUUUGAAUUUUUUUUAAAAAACUGGCAGGAUUGCCCUUAUUUUUCACUUGUGUUAAUAUCAGUUGACGAAAUUUUACUUUUAUGAACGCAAAUAUUUUUAAGUAAUAAAGUAUGAAUUCUAAACAGUCUAAUCGUCAAAAUAACAUUCCUCAUCCAUACACACGUAAUUUGAUUUUAACUAAUGACAAAACUAAUAAAUCCCCAACAAAUUCCAGUGCAAUAAGGAUAAGUGAAAUAACAACUACCAGCAAUGUUACAACAUUUAAUAAUCCCAAUGGUGUUUCUGAUAUGAAACUUUUGAUUGGAAACGUUGAACAAAUUUCACACUGGAGCAGAAGAUUGUCUUUCUUACCAGCCACAGACAUAAUAUACCAAGUGUACGGUAUUUUGAGUUCCAUAAAAACUGGGAAAACAGAAUGUGAGAAAAUGAUUUGUUUGCGUGGCCAACAAGCAGGAUGCGCAAUAGUAUGCGUAUUUUAUGAAAUAGAUAGGAAAUUACAAGCCAUCGCUCAAGGAAAAUUAGUUUUGUGUACAGGUAAAGCUAUAGGUAUAAAUAAAUUUCAAAUAUUUACAGUAAAAGAACUUCGUCCAUACGAUAAAGUAGCUUUUCACAGAGCAACUGUAGUAAGUCAGUGGUCAGUCGAUGAACUUUUGAAGUCUAAAAAUCCUUAAAUUAAUUUUUAUUUUAUAGAAAAUACAUCAAUAGUCUCUAUCAUUAAUUAAAAACAAAAUAAAGUAUUAAAAAUAUGCAUACAGAAAUAAGGAUAUUAAAGUAUUAAAAUAUAUUUAAUAAUUAAUUAAAUGUAAUAACUGUAAUAAUAAGUCUUAUUUAUAACCUAUCGCUUAUGUCAUUUCCGUUUUCUUUAUUAUUUGCAAUUCUGGAACCAAAUUGCAUUGCUCUCUUAGGAAGGAAUGCUGUUUUUACUAGUCCUAAUUUAAAAGCCGCUAAUCUCAAUAACAACUUUUCACCAAAAUUAUUCUGGUAUGGAUCCUUAGGCCAACAUCUAAAAUUCAACACAGCGUAAAUAAUUUCACUUUGUUUAUUAGUGGUAAGGGAACAUUUGUUUUACCUUUGCCACGGCAUUAGACCUCUAAUAAACUCUACUAGAUCCUCUUCCAAAAAUGGUGUACGUAGUUGACGACCGUGAUCACAGCAGACACGAUUGUCACGACCAAGAUUGCGCGACGGCAAUUUCAAGAAAUCUUUUUCAAAUUCUUCACCUAAUUGUUUCCAGCCUUGUCUUUGUAGGAUUUUACGGUAUCUUGUAUAACCGCCCAAAAGCUCGUCGGCACCCAUUCCAGAUAACAACACCUGGUUUUUAUGCAAUAUAAAACAUAAGUCGUAAGAAUAUUUUAUAAAUUAGAAUGGAUAUCUACUUAACAAUUUUUAUUUUUUUUAUAUUUACAAUUUAUCUGCAAAGAAAAAAAUCUAGUUUUUUAAUAUUUUUAGCUUCAUUGUGAAACUGAGAAGGUAUUUUGAGUUAAAAAUCAUAAUUACAUACUCUGGCAGGUGUUUUAUAUGAUUUUCCUUUGCAAAUGCCAAUCCCUCGGGAUGCAAACCAUAAUGAACAGCCAAGACUAUCAUCCAAAAUUGUUUUUAAUGGAUAAAUAAGAUGCCGGAUUGUCUCUAAUCGUUUUUGCUUCAGCUCUGAAUAUGAAAUAUUUAACUAAAUACAGAAUGUACAACAUUUAUGCUAGCAAAUAACUAUGAUAUACAUAUCAAGUUUAACACAUACUUCUAUUAGGUUCCAACAUCGGGUAGGACAGAGCUUUUUCAAUUCUUCCAAUGUGUUUAAACAUGUUUGUCUAUCUGGACAAUUAUAAUUACCCAAGUCUGUUGGUUUUUCAAAAGAAACGUUUAACAAAUCAAUUGGUUCAUCAAAUUCUACAAAAUUUGAUGCUAGUAAAGCUAGUAUGGCUGAAUCGAUACCCCCCGAAAAUAAAAUUGCUAUUUUGGCGUGAUCACAUUUGAAUUCACACAUUUUACAAGCUUUUGGCACUAUGGUUGUUCUUUUCUCAACCGAUUGUGAUAAAAAAUGUAUUAGAUGAUUGACAUUUGUAUUUAACUCUUGAUCCAAUAGUAAGUCCGACAUUUCUAAUUGAGAAUUAGAACACAGGAUAAAAUCUUCCGGGUCUGAAAUUUGAAUAUCUAUGUGUUUAAAGAAUUCUAAUUCAUUUGUAAUAUUGAAAUCACAGUCAUGACGUAUAUGGGACCAUGGCAAUAGUUGAGGUUCUGUAAUAUAAAAAGAUAAUGUGAAAUAUAUUGGGAGUAUAAUAUCAGCCGUUAAUACUUUUAAGAUUGCAUGAGUUCAAAUCAAAUUUGAAUAACCCAAUUGCAGGAACUUCUUCUAAGUUGGCCAUAUCUUUGUGAGCAACAGAUGUAAUCACUAUUUUAUUUGCUUCGAUGUUCCAUAAUAAGCUAAUGCGUCCAAUCGGGUCUCUUCCCACCCACAAAACUUGCUGUUCACAGUCAUAGUAAAUAAUAGAAUAAGGUCCUCGUAUAGAAGUAACAAGUAAUUCCAUAUUGCCUCCAUUACACAGAAAGUCUGAUAUAAUUUUAGUGUCGCUGUCUUUAAUACUGGCAUUUAUCUAAUCGAAAAUAAUUUCUAAUCAAUAAAUAAAAAGAUUUAAAAAAUCAACAAAAAAUUGACUUACGGGUAAAUUCCACUUGUAAACAUCGCCAUUCCAUAAUAGUAUGUUACCUUUGUUAUCUAUAUACGGCUGUUUGGUCGGACACUCUCCUUGAAUCCAUAACGUGUUACCAGAAAAUUGACCCGUGUAAUUAUUGACAACAAUUUCAUGUGUUGAGUACACAUCAGGUCCUCUCUUUUGCAAUGCUGACCUACAUUUAUUAAACUGCAUACAAAUACAAAUGCAUUAUUCAAUUAUCAAAUUAUAAUUAUACAAUUACAUUUACCUCAUUGCACACGUCUGGUCCCUUAACAAACGAACAAAAUAUACCACACAUGACGGCUUUCCAGUAAAGUAUAGGUCGAAGAAAUUCUAGUUUUUAAAAUACAAAGAACAUCAAGGUCGUCUUUUGACAUUUUAACGUACAUUUACUGCUUGUAAAGGCAUGCUAAUAACUGAGUUAUUACAGGCGUUUUUAAUAAUUCAACGAUCGGUUAUCUCAUCAAUAUAUAACUAUGUUAAAACUUGAAAGAAAA